UACACCUGCCUUUGUGCGUAAAAGGAUAGCCCUCUCACAGGCCCCGUUUUCCGCGUUUUUUUAUUAUUUAUUUCCGUGUAAACUGCAGUCUUCAUAUUAAAAACACUGAUGGUCGAUAAUGUAUCCCUGCGUUGAGGGCCCCGGGGAGAACUGCAAAGGUUUAUAGAUCCACCUCAGACCUGUUUCUAUCCGGCGACAUGGCUCGACCACGGCCGCGGGAAUACAAGGCAGGAGAACUGGUUUUCGCGAAGAUGAAGGGGUACCCGCACUGGCCGGCGAGGAUUGAUGAGCUUCCAGAAGGAGCGGUCAAACCGCCCGCCAACAAGUACCCCAUCUUCUUCUUUGGGACCCAUGAAACUGCAUUCUUGGGCCCGAAGGAUCUUCUGCCCUACAAGGAGUACAAAGACAAAUUUGGAAAGUCCAACAAGAGGAAAGGCUUCAACGAGGGCCUGUGGGAGAUCGAGAACAACCCCGGAGUAAAGUUCACAGGAUACCAGUCCAUCCAACAACAGUGUUCAGAAGAGGGUGGGAACGUGGCUGACGGCAGCAGUGAGGGUGAGGAGGGCGACUCUUUGGAGGAGGAAGAUGACAAGGACAAACUGAAGGGGGACAAGACCGGAUCCAAACGGAAAAAGACUGCCACCUUUAAGAAAUCCCCCAAGCUGUCGCGGAUCUCAUCAGGACAGGACGACCUGGAGAAGGACGGGAAAGAUGAGGACCAGAAGAGCGGCUCAGAGGGAGGAGACCCCGACAACGACAUCAUCCAGAACACCACCGACAGUAAGCUGCUCCUAGAAGAACAUUAAGGGAAGAAAGCCUGAAGGAGAAACCAUACUUUGUACGUGAAUCUACAACCUGAUUUUUGAUCAGCACCAUCUACUGUGUGCCAUGGUCACCUCCAACUCCCGGCUGACCCUCCUGUAAGUGAUUGGAUGAAACAUCCAUAAACACUGCCACUGGUGUCAGUCAUCCUAAGGAUGCCUGGGAAUAACUGGGCUUCAUGCUAAGGGCUGUGUCAGAAAUCAAAGCAAAGCCUUUCUCACCUCUCGGAAAUACACUGAUUAGGAAUUGUAAUCACUUUUAUCCAGCAACUAUUUCAUUAUAAGAUAUUGUUAACAACAUGUGGAAAAUAUUAUAUUUAAAGGGGCAUAAGUACAUAACUUGAACUAUUUUGUGUUUUAUUGGCAGCAGAUAUAGAGCCUUUUCUCUACCAGGCUCAGACUUUGUAGCCCAAUCAGAAUAUCAUUGUUUGAAAUUGUGGGUAUGCCCCUUACAGUAUCUAACCGUGGGAAGUCAUUGUUGGGUGGUUGGCUUCCUUUCCCCUUUUUAAUAACAGCAAUAGUUAACCUAAAUCUGUUGCUUCACUGGAAAACUCGAUUGAGAUAUAUAAUACAAUAGUUUCCUGAUACCCCUUUUCCAGUGAGCCAGGGCCGGGUCGGAUCCAGUGACCAAUUGCAAAAUAGUUUUCGUUGUUCUCGGCCCCAAAAAUUGGUUCAACUUAAGCAGCGACUAUUUGCUCGGCAAGAUCCAAGAGCUGCAUAGGUUGGAGUCUGGGGCAGCUCAUGGCGACAGUAGAAAGUUGUUAAGUUGUGUUAUGUAUGUUGGCUCUACAUUUUGUAAUUAAAUUUUCAGAUAGCUUCAAUGGCUAGGCUAACAUUAUGGGGUGUCAAACUCAAAUACACAGUGGGCCAAAAUAAUAAAAUGGGUACUAGUGGAGGGCCGGACUGGUUCAAUGUUUAUUGCAAAACUUAUUGAAAUGAACUUAUUGCACAUAUUAAACCUGGAACAAAGCUUCAAUGAUUGCCUAUAAAAACAACAUUAAAUAAUCAGUUGCAUUCAUUUCUUAUGAAUGCAACUAUCUGCAGCUUUUCCAGAGUCAUUUCUUACGAUUAGAUUUCUCCACAGGCCAAC